AUGUCUGACCCACUCGACCCAGCAGCGCUCCUUCAAGUCCUCCCCACGCUCCUUCCGAGCACCGAUGGUCCUCAAUUGCAAAACGCAUCAGACGCCCUCGCGGCUCUGAUCCACACAGUCCUCACUCGACUCGACUUCCGCCUCACCGGUCUGUCCGAAGAUGACCGCCUCCCCAUCUCCUCUUCCCCCUCCAACCAGCUUCCUCCCAACUGGAACGCCUCCUCCCCCGCUCACCACUCGUUCCGGUAUAAGCACCACCAGUCCUCCCUCGACUUCCUGAUCAAGAUCGUCAAGCUGCACAACAAGGCCCUGAUCCACGGGAUCGCGCUGCAGGGAACAAAGACGAGCACGAUGGAAGUCGUCCUGACCGACUUUAUCUCGACGAACUUCUGGCCGUAUCCGAACGGGGGGAAUGAGCCGCUGGUGAACGGCUACAUCGGGAGUUCGAGGGUCAAAGAUCUGGUGGGGAGCUUCAAAGCUCAGGUGCUGUCGCAGCUCGUGCCUGGGUUGCGCAAGGAUGGGUACGUCGAAGAGUCCUCCUCCACCAGCACCAGCGGUGCAAGCGGAAGCGGGGAUGGAAAUCAGGGAGGGAGUGGGAGCACCCCUCGUCAGCCACCUCCCCCCGCCCCACGCGCCCCAUUCCACGGCGACGAAGACGACCCUUCGCAACCUACCUCCCUGCCCCCCUUCCGCAACCCCCUCAUCAUCGGCGAUCGCGACCUCGACCCACUCGGCGGCUCACCCCUCGCCCUCCCACCCCGGUUCGGCGGUGGAUCCUCCGCUCCACCCCCGCUCUUCCCCGGCUCCGACACGGGUGGAGGCAUGUACGUCGGUCCGGACCAUCCGAUGUUCCGCAAUCGACACCCGCCUUCGGGCGGAUCCCAAGGUUUACCCCCCGGUGCGGUUCCACCUGGGGCACGGUUCGAUCCCAUCUAUCCCGGCGGUGCAGGUCCGGGACCGUUCAGACCAGGAGCAGGCGGGCCGGACGUGGGUGGUCCCAGACCGCAGACUGGGGAGCCGGAUUGGGACGAACUGCGACCGCCCGGUAUGGAGGAUGCGUUUGGUGCGGGUAGGGGUGGGUUUGGCAGCAGGGGCGGAUUCGGCGGUGGCAGGGGUGGAAGGGGUGGCUUUGGUGGCGGUGCCGACACCAGCGGAUGGUAUGCCUAA